UUUGAUUAUGAUAAAUAAUUCCUUAUAUAAUCUAGUACAUUACAUAAUGUCAUAUCAACAGUUUAUGUUUGAUGAAGCAUUUCAAUUUCAAGACAACCAUUAUAAUUUAAAAUGCAAAGAACAAGAUGAAGUUAUUGAAGUUGAAAACCAGCGUGUGCCACCAUUAGGUGCUUGUAGUAAUGAGUCAAUAGACUCUAGUUCUUAUUCUUCAACUGGAUUAGAUUUUGGUAAACUUUUGGAACUUCAAGAACAAAGCGAACAACUUAAUUGUUCAUUAUAUGCAUUGACUUCUCACUUUGCUCAGGUUCAAUUUCGAUUAAAGCAAAUUAUCCAUGCACCAAAAGAAGAUCAAGAGAAAUUGUUAUCUGAACUGGAAACAUUCGCAUUUGAAGGUUGCCCUGAUGUUGUUGGACCAAGAAAAAUUAAUUGUACAUCUUGUGAAUCACAAAACGCACUUCAACAUUAUGAACAACGCAUUGCAGAAGAAAAGGAGAGAGAAAUGAAGUUAAACUUACACCUGAUGUCUAUGAUAAAUAAUAUGCAAGCAUGCAAAACUAAGCUUGAAGAAGACAGUAAGCAUAAAAUAAAAAACAAUUUAUCAACUAAAAGUACAUUGCCUUUAGAAAAUCGUAUGUUGCCUGAAGAUGUUAAUAAAUAUAUUGGAGAUACCAUUGGAUUGCUGGUCGAUCCAAACAAAGGAAAAAAUGAAAUAAUAUCUCAAGUGACAAAACAGAUUUCUGCAAUGGAAAAACUUGUGUCAUUUUUGCAAGAAUAUGAAGAGCCACCAACUACAAUACCAGAUUCUGUUCCACAACAUAUACAACGGAAUACUGCCCCAGCGGAAAAAAAAUCAGUUCAUUAUCAAACUUUGAAACAUUCAGAAAAAAUACCUGCUCCUCAUACAAAAAUCUUACAGAUGACAGAAGAAAAGAGAAAAAGAUUGCAUGAAGCAAGCUUAGCAAUCAUUAAAAAGAGUCUUGCUCUUCUACAAAUUUUUGCAAUAAGCCAAUUUGGUUGCAGUGCUAAACAUUUCAGAGAAUACAUGAUAAGGAAAACAUUUGCUCAGGAUAAUUCACCAAGCGGAUUUAGUAAAUGUUUUGAUGAAGUGCGAGCUUCUGUUGAUCAGAUUAUUGUUUUGCAUACAAAACUUAUAAAUAUUGAUGGCUUGCAUCCAGAUUCAGAAGAUGAGUUGAACGUUUCUAUGCUAUCUACUGCAGAAAAGCGUGCUGCUUGGAGGCAUUCUAGUUCAAUGAGCAGAUCAAGAGCAGACUCAAUAACAUCUUCUAUAUCAAGUAUUUCAGUCAAGCCUCCCGAAGUUGAAAUUCAAAAUCAACUGAUACGAAUUGUUCGUGGUAAUCUGACGUCUGCAUUAAAAGAAAUUCUUCAGCAUGGUUUGUGUGUGAGUUUUUCGAAUGCAACACUUUCAACAAAAGCACUUGUAGGAUGUAUGUCGUCACAAUCAAUUGAAGGUCUUAGCCUACAUAUUUGGGAAUAUUUUAAUAAGUUUUAUCAACUAAAGCAAGGCGACAUUUUCAAUACACAACCAAGUAUGAUGUUAUCAGAAGCAUUUGCUAUGGACGUUGGUUGUACACAACAAACUCCCAAACAAUCACUUCUUACUGUACUUCAUCGGAUCAAAACUACUCAUGAACCUCGCAAGCGCAGUUUUGAUGCAAUGUUUAAAGCUUUAAUAUCUGCUGCAUUAAAUCGUGGUAGAUUAGCUCAAUGGAUUCGACUUGUUAUAAGGUGUCCUGAGCUGGUUGAUAAUCAUUAUGAACGAUGGUCAUAUGUCAUUCGAACAGGUUUUGACGAAGUUUUGACAACACUCGAAAAACUUUCUUCGUUGACUUUUUUUCUACCAGAAGACCUUGCUAUUCGACAUCUUCUCAAAAGCAGCAACGAGUUUGGAGAUGCAUAGUUUUGGCUUAUGUAUUUUGAUUAAAAAAAAUUUUUAAACUUGAGUUAAAUUUUAUUAUGAGAGAAAAAUUAUCAUUUUGUUUAAGUAAUUACCUCAUUUAAUUUAGCUAAGUUCUUAAAAUAUGAAUUGAUAAUUUGAUAUAUUUAAA